AUGAAUCGCCAAAGCGAAUUGCUGUUUCAGCAGACGGAGAAGGAUGGUGGGGUGGAUAGUCUUCAAACUACGAAUGAGAAGCAUUCAGAGGCCCGCGACUCUAUAGUCGAUUCGACUACGCACCCACCCAAUCAUGACCCCGAGAUUGGAGAUGUCACCGCUUUGCGUACCAGCGCUGACCAGGAUAUAAUACCUCCAGGAAUAGACCCAAGGUUCCUAAGGCCCGAAGGCGUGAAGCGAGGUCUUAGUCAAAGGCACAUCCAAAUGAUAGCACUCGCUGGAGCCAUAGGAACCGGCUUGUUUCUGGGUAGUGGGAAAUCUAUCCAGAGAGCGGGACCCGUAGGGACUCUCAUUGGCUAUUCGGUGAUUGGUCUCCUUGUCAUCUGCGUGAUGCUCUGCCUGGCAGAGUUAUCGGCCUUGGCCCCGGUCUCGGGGGCCUACGUGCGCCAUGCCGAGUUCUUCGUCGAUCCCGCCCUAUCCUUUGCCAUCGGCUGGGUCGCGGUCUACGGACCCUGCGUCAGCGUUCCGAGCGAAUGGGUCGCCGUCAGCACCAUCGUUAGGUAUUGGACUGACCUGCAUGCCGGUAUCGUCAUUGCAAUCUGCCUUGUUGCGUCCUUCGUCACUAAUAUAUUCUUGAUCCGCGUCUUUGGUGAGGUCGAGUUGGUAUCGGCUAUGCUCAAGAUCGCCUUAAUCAUUGGACUCAUCCUAUUUGGGUUGAUUUACGACCUAGGCGGCGUACCUGGGCAACCCCGACUUGGAUUCUGGUAUUGGGUCAACCCAGGGGCAUUUGGUCAAGGAUACCUCGUCGAUGGAAGCGUAGGACAGUUUUGUGGCUUCUUCUCCGUCUUCGUUACGGCAGUCUAUUCAUUCGCUGGGGUCGAGACCACGUCGAUCGCCGCCGCCGAAACGAAGAACCCUCGGCGGAACAUCCCACGGGCAGCCAAGCAUAUCUUUGUCCGAGUCUUCGUAUUUUACAUCCUGUCGCUGUUCGUCGUGGGUCUCAUCGUCCCGUCUGACGAUCCCCGCUUGCUCAAGUCGACGGGCAAUGCCGCACAGUCCCCUUUCGUUAUCGCAGCUGAGAAAGCCGGCGUCAAGGUUCUGCCCAGUAUCAUCAACGCAGUGGUCAUCACCUCGGCCUGGUCAUCGGGGAAUCACGGGCUGCUUCAGGGCUCUCGGUCUCUAUAUGCUCUGGCACUAGAGGACAAGGCUCCGGCGUUCUUCAGACGUACUUCACGAUGGGGUAUUCCGCACUAUUGUGUGAUUUUCCAGAGCUCGUUCAUGUUCCUCGCCUACAUGUGCCUGAACUCCGAUGCAAACACCGUAUUUGGUUGGCUCUCUAGUCUCACAGCCUCCUCCACGCUAGCGGUUUGGAUUGUGAUCGGGAUAUGCUCCCUGAGGUUGAGAUGGGCCAUGGAAGCACAAGGUAUUUCGCCAAAAGAUCUGCCGUACUCGGCACCUCUACAGCCGUACCUUGCACAUGUUGUCACUUGGGCUAGCUCCUUUGUCAUGCUUUCAGGGGGCUUCUACGUUUUUGUUGAUGGACAAUGGGACGUGUCCGACUUCUUCUCGUCGUACUUCACGAUACCCCUGUGUUUCGGUCUGUAUUUUGGCUGGAAGCUUCUCAAACGUACUGAAAUCGUACCUCUAGAGAAAGUCCCAGUUGGGACAUUCAUCGCAAUAGCCAAGGCUAACCCCGAGCCGCCUUUAAGGAGAAAGAAGGGAAUUGUCGGGUGGUUCGGGAGGUUUUGGUGGGAUUGA